AUGUCACUUAAUUAGAGAUAAUAUUAGUAGUAAUAAAAAUUAGAAACAUAAAAGCGUUUAGAAUAAUAUAUUAGUGCUGUAAAAGUAUAAUAGAGUUUAAUUGUAAUAGGAAUUACAAAAUGAGAUUAAAAUUUAUUAUGGUAUGUUAGAAAGAAAUGAAGAACCCAAUUCAGAUAGAUUUAAAUAGACUACUUUCAAAUUUUUAAAGUUUGAGAAGGAAAUGAAUAAUUAAAUUGAAGAUAUUGUUUCUAAAAUAAUUAGCUAGAAAGCAAGGAAAUGA